AUGCAAACACAAGAGCAAAGAGAUGCAUUCCAACAGCUUAGGGCCCACCUAGCACAACUGCCGACACUGGCCAGACCAAAAGAGUGGGAAACCCUAUACUUAUAUGUCGCAGUUAGUCCAGGGACUGUAAGUGCAAUACUCCUUCGGGAAGAAGAAAAGACGCAACAUCCAAUCUAUUUUACCAGUCGAACUCUAACAGGCGCCGAAACUCGGUACCCACUUAUUGAGAAAGUAGCCUAUGUAGUGGUGGUAGCUGCACGAAAACUGAGACCCUUCUUCGACUCUCAUCAGAUCGUGGUAUUAACCGACCAACCACUAGAAAAAUUGCUAGACAAAAUAGAGAGAUUGGGAAGAUUGGCUGCUUGGGCUUUUGAACUUUCAGAGUUCAGCAUCAAGUAUCACCCAAGGAUAACCAUUAAGGCGCAGGCACUCGCUGACUUCUUGGCCGAAUGCUCGUACCAAGAGAUGUUGGAUAACACGAAGAGAACUUCGGAGGUCUACACUGACGGAUCUUCCAUAGUCAACGGCUCAGGAGCCGGGGUUGUACUGAUACCUCCAACAGGAAAAAUCAUAGAGUAUGCCUUGAAUUUUGGUUUUAAAGAAACCAACAAUGAGGCCAAAUAUGAGGCUGCAAUCACAGGGAUAGAGCUUUGCCUGUCUCUGGAAGCCAAACAUGUUUGCCUCAAAACUGAUUCACAACUUGUAGCCAACAAGAUCCGAGGGGAAUAUGAGGCCAAAUUGCCAAGCAUGACAGAUUAUCUAGCAAAAAUUAAAUCCUUAACGGCAGUACAUGUGGAAGUGUACCUAAAAAGAAGCAUCGAUCUACCACCUCCCAUAGUAUGCAAUCUGCACCCCGGGCCUAGUUGGAUGGACGCAGUCAUAGUAUAUAAAGAGAGGGGGGAACUUCCCGAAGAUAAGGUGCAAGCAAGAAAGUUGAAAAAGUUCAAAAAAUGGUUCAUCAUCGAUGCCAAUGGAGAGCUCAUGAGAAGGUCAUUUUCAGCUCCACUGCUGAAGUGUGUCGGACCAACCGACGUCGACUACAUUCUGAGAGAAAUCCACCUAGGCAUAUGCGGAAACCACAUUGGAGGUAGGUCUUUGGCACAUAAGGCAAUCGGAACCGGAUACUAG